AUGCGUUCCAGAGAGCUCAAGACGCGAAAGGCAGUCGUCAGGAUGGACCCCGACUGCGCCAUCUGUCAUGCACCAGCCACUAUGGCAUGCGACUGCGAAGCCAAGGGCCUAGAGGUAGCCAUCAAGCAGGCCGAGAAUAGGAUGAUGCAGUCCAUCUACAGCGAUAUACGUUCCUGGGUCCGUGGGCGCGCCCAGGACUACAUUCUUGAGUAUUACCGCCUCCUCACCGAUCGUCGUAAGACACAGCACAACAUGAACCUCGAGCGUAUCACCGCCCAUGCUUCCUAUUACUACCAGCAGCAGCCCCAUCCUAACGACAUUGCUGCUGCUCAGGGUGCCCUCAAACGCGGCAUUGAUGAGGAUUGGCAGGCCAGCGUCCAGCGGUAUCCCGAGGUUCUUGAGUAUUUCUACAGUCUCGUCGAGCUGAAUCUCCCCCCCGAUGAUGACCCCGCCGUCAAAGACCCGCCACUCAGCGCUCUCAAUGGAUCGAGGAAGGCGACACGCCGAUCAGUCAGCCACGCUAUAGCCGGUGCAAGCCACCAUGAGAGAGAGCUGCCGCUGCCGCUUCCAAGACGGACGCCGCCACCGCUCGAACCGAGGAUGGAUCGCCGGACGCCGGCACCAAGGGAAAGCCGAAGGUCAUCGUUCCGACCCCCGCCGCCACCGCCCAUGUCGUCCUACUACGGGCCACCCCCAGGCUGGGGCGUUUAA